ACCUUUACAGUGAUUUCCCUCAUUGUUCUCCUGACUGUUGAAAUGACUAUCUAGAACCACAGGAGGAUGUCUGCCAUAGUUGAGAGAUCAUUGAAAUAAAGGAAUACCACAAAUCAAUAAAGUUAAAGAAAACAAGACAACAUGGAUUUUUUACAAGUAUGGAUUUUUAUGUUGACAUUGUCAUUUACAAAGAGGGAAGUCCUAGCCCAGGUUGAAGUGUGCCGCACUGCAGUCACAGCAGACAUAGUGUUUCUGGUGGAUGAAUCAUGGAGUGUUGGAGAUGCCAAUUUCCACAUUGUCAAAGACUUCAUAAAUAGCAUUAUUGGAACUUUUAAGCAGAUCCCAGUCGGCAAAGAGGGCAUGCGUUUUGGAGUAACAGUCUACAAUGACAGACCAAGGAUGAAGAUUGCACUUACUGACUAUCUCACCAUUGAGGAAGUCCUGCUGGCUGUGCGUGAUCUUCCUUUUGAAGGAGGAAACACAAAAACAGGCGAGGCCCUGGUAUUCCUGACUGAGUCUGCAUUCAGCUCAGCAAUCAUCAGAGAGGAUGCACCAAAGAUUGUCGUUUUAAUAACUGAUGGGAAGUCUGCAGAUUCAGUGGAGAACCCUGCACUUACCCUUCAGGAUCAUGGAAUCACAGCGUUUGCAGUGGGAAUAAAACACGCAGAUAAAAAUGAACUCAAGAAAAUUGUAUCUGAUCCCUUUGAAGAACAUCUCCUGUAUGUAGAAGAAUUUAAUUUGCUCAGCAAUCUCUUACCUAAAAUCUCAAGGAGACUUUGUUUCACUGCCUCUGAACCUCCGCGCCCAGUAAAACAGAUCACCCUCGUGAAAGAUACAAUUAUUGGUCCAAAAGACUUGAUUGUGAAUGAACUGAGUUACAGCUCUUUGAGACUGACCUGGACUCCUGCCACUGGAGAUGUCACUGGAUACCAGCUAGCUAUCAAUACUCUGUCAUCUAAUGGACAGCUGGCAUCAAAUGAACAGAGACAGAUUGUUUUGAAGGGUAAUGAGAGAACCACUCUGGUAACAGACCUGAUGCCCAGCACUGAAUAUUUAUUCACGGUCCUGGCUGUAUAUUCUGAUGUCAUUGGGGAUUCAAUGACAGUCAAAGUGAAAACAACUCCUGUGCCCCGUGUCCUUAAUUUCCGAGUGAUUGAAGAAGGACUGUUUAGCAUCAGACUGGCAUGGACACCACCAUUAGGAAAGCUGGAAGGGUAUAAAAUCUACAUCCCCCGAUCCAAUAGACCAGGAUCUGCUUAUGAACAAAUCCUUAGCGGAGACGUCUCUUCUCAUAUGAUUGACAGUCUAGUGGAGGAUAAAGAAUAUACUAUCAGCAUCUAUGCGGUUUAUCCUCAGGGACCAAGUGAUCCUGUAUCUACAUCUGGCAGAACAUUGAAAUCGGUCCCAGUAAAAAAUCUGAUCCUUCAGAAUGCCACUACAGACAGCAUCCAGGCCAGGUGGUCUUCAGUAAGGGGAGCCUCAGGUUACAGACUAACAUGGUCCUCUGCAGAAGGAUACAUUGAAAACCUUAACCUGGGAGAGUCCUACACGUUCUACAUGAUCCAAGGCCUGCGCCCAGACUCAGAGUACACUGUCACCAUCAAUCCCAUCUUUGUUGACAUUGAGGGACCUGUGACAACUGCAAACAUAAAAACAUUGACAAGCGGUGCAGUCCAGACUUUAAAAGCUACAGCAAUAAGCACUAACAGUGCCUCAAUAUCAUGGAACUCUGUACCUGGGGCCACAGCAUACAGAUUGGCAUGGGGUCCAUCUCCAGAGUUUUCUGGCAAGGACCGGCCAAGGCAGUUGGCAUUAAACAGCUCCACCACUGUGUACCAGCUCAAGAACCUUGCCCAUGACACAGAGUAUGUCCUCUCCCUGUAUGUGCUCUUUGGAUCCAUAGUGGGACCAGGCAUCACAGCCACCGUCAGAACCUCACCACUUGGCUAUGUCUCAAACUUCAAGGUCACAUCUUUUACAAGGACCUCCAUUGAUGUUGCUUGGAGUUCCAUUGUUGGAGCCACUGAAUAUAAAAUAUCAUGGAGUUCAGUAACAGACAUCAGCACCAUGGAGAGUCAAUACUUGGAGCCCAGCAUCCUGCACUACCAUAUUGACGGCCUGCUUCCUGGGACUGUCUAUACAGUCAGUAUCCAUGCAGUAUUUGGAAACACAGAGGGACCAGCAAUAACUCUUUCACAGUAUACAGCUUCAGUGAGAGACUCAGAAUCCAUUCAGACUGUAAGGGAUUUGAAGGUUGUUGACGUUGGAGUGAAUAGUUUUACACUGUCCUGGAACAAGACUCCUGGAGUAUCUGAAUACAAAAUCUCUUGGGUUCCCUUUAACGGAGGGACUGAGAAAAGCAAACUUGUGUCUGGUACCACGUCAUUUUUUAUGAUUACCGGGCUUCAAGAAAGCUCUGCCUAUACUAUUCAAGUGUCGUCAAUGGUUGGGGGCCGCGAAGCGAACCCUGUCCUCCUCACAGCCAGAACAUUGGAUUUACCCAAGGUGACCCUGUUUAAAGUUUUAGAAACUACAGACAACAGUGCUCUUUUAAACUGGACAAGUGUUCCUGGGAUAUCUGGGUAUUUAUUAACAUGGAGACACAUUUCAGCAUUAGAAUCGUUAUCAGAAUUUCUGGGUCCAUUUUUCACCUCCUACAAAAUCACCAAUCUUCUCUAUGGAAGAACAUAUGUGUUCACAAUAAGACCGAUCUAUGGGGAAACUGAAGGACCAAGUACAAUAUUAAGUGAACGGAUAUUGGGAACAAAGAAGAUAGACCGAACUGUUGUGGAGUCUACCACAAGGCCACCUUCAGUUCCCUUAGCGAUUACACCAUCCGCACCUGUGAGGACUACCCCAGUCCCUGUCACCACCGCUACCACUGUGUCAACCACUACUCCAAACCCAACUACAAGAAGAUCCACAACAACAGCAGCACCACCACCUACGACCACAUCCACAACCAGGGCAACGACAAAGACAGAGCCAAUCUGUGGGAAGGUCAAAGCUGACAUUGUAUUCCUGGUGGACGAGUCCUGGAGCAUUGGCACCAACAACUUCAACAAACUUAAGGAUUUCCUCUUCAGGAUUGUCACUUAUUUUCCUAAAAUUGGUCCAGAAGGAACACAGGUUGCAAUUGUUCACUAUAGUGAUAACCCCAGGAUAGAGUUCCAUUUGAAUCGGUUUAAGGAUAGGAACUCAGUGCUGAGAGCAAUAAGAGCAGUGCAUUAUGGUGGAGGAAACACAAAAACAGGUCGGGGUAUCAGCUACGUACUGAAGGAGGUUUUCCAGAUGUCUGUAGGGAUGAGGCAGAAUGUACCACAUGUCCUGGUUCUGGUCACAGAUGGAAGAGCCCAAGAUGAUGUAGCACCUCCUGCCAGAUUUGCACAUGUUCUCGGCAUUCGUGUACUGGCAGUGGGUGUUGGCAGUGCAGACAUAGAAGAGCUGAAGAAGGUUGUCUUCCCAGGAAAUUUAAAAAACGUUUUCUUUGCCAACACUUUUGAUGACUUCCCAUCAAUGGAAAGAGAGUUUAUUGACAGCCUUUGCAAGGAAGCUUCACAAGCAGAAGACAAGAUACAGCAAACUGAGUCUUCCAAGUUAGAUGCAGCUUUGCUACAGCCAUUACAUGAUAUACAAGGUGUAGAAGAAGUUCUAACCAAACCCGAAGGACCUUGUGCACUCUGUAAGGGGCAAAAAGGAGAAAAGGGGCAGAGUUGGUCAUUUGGUGGACUGAGUCUGCAGACAGGUGGAGGUUUUGACCCUCUCAAUUUUAACUCUAAAGGAGAAAAGGGAGAAAGGGGGCCUUCUGGCACAGAUGGGAUUCCUGGUCUUCCCGGUCGACCAGGCCGGACAGGGCCCCCUGGCUCACAUGGAAAGAUGGGACCUCCAGGUGUACCAGGGCACACUGGACCACAUGGAUAUCCAGGAUUAAAAGGUCAAAGAGGAGAAAGAGGUGAUCCUGGAUAUGUACUGGGAGGUGUUGAAGGUGUUCAAGUUCCUGGUCGAAAAGGGGAGCCUGGCUCGCCUGGAUUACGGGGGGAACCAGGGAUACCAGGAGUACCAGGUCCUCCAGGACUUUCAGGACAGUUGGGGCCUCAGGGACCACCGGGCACAUCGGUCAAGGGAGAUUCAGGGGAACCAGGUGAACGAGGUCAGCAUGGAAAGCCAGGACCAAAGGGGGAUAAAGGAGACAGAGGAGAGACUGGUAAAGCAGGUUUACCUGGACCAAUAGGGCUUGAUGGAAAUCGUGGAAAUCCUGGACAAAAAGGGGAGAAGGGUGCUGAAGGGAUAGGUAUUCAAGGCAUACACGGUUCAAAAGGAGAAGCCGGUCAAAAGGGAACAAUGGGUCUAACAGGUCUGACUGGUCCCACGGGUGACAGAGGACUUCAAGGAAAUAUAGGACCUAUAGGCUCAAGGGGCAAAAAGGGCUUGAAAGGGGACAAAGGAGAUAAGGGAGAUCGUGGCGAAACUGGGCAAAUAGGACCACAAGGAAUUGCUGGGCUUCCUGGUCCAAUUGGUUCAAAGGGAAACACAGGAAAUCAAGGAGUUCCUGGUGAACCAGCAAAAGGGAUUCUUGGGCCUCCCGGCAAAAAAGGAAUUAGGGGUGAUUUAGGGCCAGUGGGUCCACCUGGACCACAGGGAGAAAAGGGAACUGAGGGAGACAAGGGUCAAAAGGGUAGUCCAGGCUUUGGGAUUCCUGGUCAGCCAGGACCAAAAGGAGAUAAUGGGGAAAGGGGUAAUGUUGGUUUAUCUGGGAAGCCUGGACCGAAGGGGCAAGAUGGUUUAACAGGGGGCAAGGGUGAUUCAGGACCACCGGGAGAUCCAGGAGUGCCAGGACUAAGAGGUAAAGAUGGUGAGGCUGGAGGUAAAGGGGAACCUGGACCCAGAGGUGAAACAGGCCCUUCAGGAGAGCCAGGGGCUAUCCUUGGUCCCAGGGGCCCACUGGGUCUACCAGGACGGCCAGGAGACCCAGGGGAAAAAGGAGACACUGGAGAUUCAGGAGAAAGGGGUUCAGCAGGGCCUAAAGGGGAAAAAGGAGAUAUGGGAAAUCCUGGACCUCCUGGGCCUUCAGUUUUUACUUUAUCUGAGAACAGCAUUGCUACAAGAAAAGAAAAGGGAAAUCGUGGAGACCCUGGGAAACCAGGACCAAGAGGUGAAACUGGUCCCCCAGGGCCACAGGGGCCAGAAGGGCACCCAGGACCCCCCGGAAAUGGACCGGGUGGCUCAGGGUUACCAGGAAAAGAUGGUUUACCAGGACAGCCAGGUCCAAAGGGUGAACCAGGUAGGAAAGGCGAGGCUGGUGGACCUAAAGGGGAACCGGGACGUGUGGGUGUUGCAGGGAUUCCUGGACUACCUGGCAUUCCAGGGAAGCCUGGAGUUGAUGGAAAACGUGGAGCACCUGGAAAAGAUGGAGAAGCUGGUGUUCCUGGAGAAGAUGGAACAAAGGGUGCAAAGGGUGAACCAGGGGAUCUAGGAAGAGAUGGAAAAAAUGGAGCCAAAGGCGAGCAGGGCCCACCAGGUUUACCAGGAUCCCCUGUUCUCGUGAACUUCCCCACGGCACUUACGCCUGAGGAGGCCCCCCCUGGAAUGAAGGGGGAAAAGGGUGACAGGGGUGCCAAAGGAGGAAAAGGUGAUCCUGGUCCUCCUGGAAAAGCAAUCGAGAUGAAGGAAAUAGAAAAACUUUUUGACUUGUACGGCAUUAAGUUGUCCCUCCUGAGGGGACUAAUUAACAAGCUGCUGCAGGAGGGUAUGGAGGAGGUACUCCAGCAGCUCACUAACUCCAAGAAAGGAAUAAAAAGUGAAAAGAAAGAGCAAGGUUACAAGCAUGUUCAUGAAUAUACGGAUUCUUUGAAAUACGAUGUUUCAAGUGAACCCCUGACAGAAAUGGAAGUGAUUGAAGAAGACUUGGAUACUGACAUAGAGGAAUUCAUCCCUGCUCCCACCUCACUAAUAACAACACAAGCCCAUGGUUUUGACAGAAAGCACAUCACACCUAUUGUGAACAAUGUAGUUGGAAUUGAUUCCAUUGCUGACAAAGUAAGAGAAGAGAAUCUCACUUCUGAGAAUGCGUCGUGGAGCCCUGUAGGAGGUGAGGCUGAGAGGCUGGAUACUGAAACCGACAAGGAAGGACCCUAUAGUGUGAGCAGUCACUCACCAGGACUAUCAGAGGCAGAAUCUGAUUCAGAAAAGCUGAAAUCUCAAAUAUUUCUUGAACAAACCAAAGAAACAGUUACAAGCCAGAAAUCAGAUUCUUUAAAGAAGGGAUCUGGUGAGAAGAAGAAAGGAAAAGAGGGAGGGAAGGGCAAAGGAAACUCACGGAGAAAUAAAAGGGAAAAAUCACAUAUGGAGGAAAGUUUAUCUGAAUAUAAUGAGGAGCUUUUAGAAUCUGGGGAGAACUUCAAAAUGGAGGAACUUCUAGAAUCACAUGAAGAUAAGGUAUUCAAUGAAGAAUAUGGUUCUGCUUUUGAAUAUGAAGAUACAACUGAAGCACCGAUGACAAACAGACUGGUUAGAGUUAAAAGAAUGGAUACCUGGCACGACAAUGCUCGCUAUUUACCAGGAACAUCUGGAGGAAGGAGCUACCAACUUGGAACAAUGUCCUACCCUGAAGCCAGCGGCAAACAGAGUCGUAAAAAAAAUAAACAGAACAGAAAUCCUGAGCUAACGGAGGAUACUACUUUUAAGGGGAGCAAAGGAGAGAUUGGUGAAAAGGGGCAAAAGGGAGAACCUGGGACAGGCUUCAGGGGCCCAGUUGGACAAGCAGGACCUCCUGGGCACAAGGGGGAACCAGGAGCUCCUGGACCCCCUGGGGUUCAAGGUAUCCAAGGUAUCCGAGGGAAUGCUGGAAUCCCUGGGUCGCAAGGCCAAAGAGGAAAUCCAGGCCUGCCUGGGCAUCCAGGACCCCAGGGAGAUCAAGGAAAAAGAGGCAAGAAUGGAUCACCAGGAAGCCCAGGACCAACAGGUGCUCCAGGGAAGCAGAGCUUACGAGGUAUACCUGGCAUUAAAGGUGAUAAGGGUGCAACAGGGAUUGGUGGUCCAGGACCUAGAGGAGUCAUGGGGCUCACAGGACGAAGGGGAGAGAAGGGCCAACUUGGAUCUUGUGGACCAGCGGGCCCAAUGGGUUUAAAAGGACUUCCAGGCUUAAAAGGAAACAAGGGUGAUCAGGGUGCUCCAGGAUACAAAGGGGAAACGGGAAACCCUUUAACUAUGACAGGACCUCAAGGGUAUAAAGGAAACAAGGGCGCUCCAGGUGAAAUAGGCCCAUCUGGCUUUGAUGGUGAUAAAGGAGAGAAAGGGGAAGAUGGGCCCCCUGGGGAGAAGGGCCUUAAAGGUGAGCCAGGUUCAAAGGGAAGCAUGGGACCAUUUGGAGCCAGAGGACCCAUUGGACAGAAGGGAGAUCCUGGGGAGGCAGGCCUAAAUGGAGACGUGGGCCAGAAUGGAGCUGAUGGGAAGAAUGGAUCCAAAGGUGCAAAAGGAGAACGAGGUUUGCAGGGGCAGAAAGGAGAUUUGGGUGAAAGAGGUGAUCCUGGCUUGCCUGGGGAUCCUGGAGAUAAAGGAGAAAAAGGAUUCCGAGGGUUACCGGGUCGUAUUGGCACUACGGGUAUAGAUGGAGAAAAGGGUGACAAAGGGUCUCCUGGGAAGCCAGGAAUACCAGGAUCAGAUGGACUGCCAGGGUUAAAGGGGAACCAAGGAAGCCCAGGGUUGAAUGCAACACCAGGAAUACCAGGAGAGAAAGGAGAGAAGAGUUCUGCAGGGUUUCCUGGAUUUCCUGGUUUUAAAGGUUAUGCUGGAUUACCUGGAAAACAUGGAGAAAUGGGAAAACCUGGACCAGUAGGAGCAAAAGGAGAACCUGGACCAAAGGGUAAUCGUGGCAAAAGGGGAAGAGCCAAACCAUGCCAGCGAGGAGAACCAGGAACCCCAGGGUCAAGAGGAGAAUAUGGUGAAACGGGUCCAGAAGGGCUGAAAGGAGAAAAAGGAGACCCUGGACUCUCAGAAGAAGACGUAAAGCAUCUAAUCAUGAAAGAGAUCAGUGACAAAUGUGGGAAAGACUUUCUUUUAGUUGUAAACUCUGUCAACCCAGACCAAGAUCACAGUACAGAUUUUGGGGAAAGGAAAAAAGGGUCCCUUACUCUGAUUCAGCCAUUUGUAAAGGAUACUGAAAAAGAAUAUGAAGAUGAAGAGGAGGAGGAGGAGGAGGAGGAGGAGGAGGAGAGUGUGCCUAAUGCAUUGGAGAGUAAUGCAGAGCCGGAACAGGUUGACGUCCAUGCUAAUUUAACAGGUUCAGAAAAUGAGUUGAUAAUGGAACAAUCUCAGAGGAAGAAGCGGCUAGCUCAGAGCCUCUUAACAGGAAUUUUUAUACACCCUUGUAAUCAACCUAUGAAUGAGGGGUCUUGCUUCCAUUAUACUCUACUCUGGUAUUACCACCCAAAAUCAAAUGAGUGCAGGCCCUUUGUGUACGGAGGUUGUGGAGGGAACAGCAAUAGAUUCACAUCCAAACAAGAAUGUGAUUUACAAUGUAGGAAGGGAAAAAGAGACAUGCCUGGAAGGUGAUCGGGUUCCAGCUUCAUCACUUUAUCAAGCAAUUAUGAUAUCUGCUUUAUUGAUGUUAAAGUGGUAUGGAAUAAUAAGGGAGUCAAUGUGUUAAAGACCGUCGGUAUCAUAAAACAACAUCUCCUGAUAGCACUGCACAUCAAGGCUGCUGUAACACCUGAAAUAACUUCCACAUAAUAUAAAAUACAAGUAAAACAAGUGCUGAAACAUGCAUUGCUCAUCUGUAUAUAGUCAGUAUUCCAAGCUCCAUAAACCACUACAGCAUAUGUUGUGGCUGUUUGUGACCCCUCUCUACAUUGUCUGAUUUUUUUUUAUAUACAAAAAAUGUGUUCUGUCUCAGAAUUUCCUUUUUUUUUAUUUAUAAAUAAAGGUCUGCUUUUAUACACAUUUGUAAUUAUAAAGGUACUACACAUAUAGUCAGUGGACACAAAAACUAUUGGCACCAAUUUCUGUGUAGUGUCACUGAAAAUUCAGAAAUAAAUUAUUACAUUUUUAUUUGAAGUUAGGGUAACAGGGUUCUACUGAUCAAAUAUUACAAAUUUGCAUUACAUUUCUAUAUGGAUUUGACACAUUAAUGCUAAUUUAACAAAUGCAAAAUGUUAAGUUUAUUGUUAAAUAGAUUGCAUUAACAAGUUGUAAUAGAAUAUCUGGGAAUUUAAAUGUGUCAUUGUAUUGAUGAUUUAAAAAAAAAAUUCUGAAUGAAAAUAUGGAAUAUUACUGUAAGGAUCUGACAAAUGUAUUUAUCCUAUUCGAUUGUUUAACCAGGAAAAGGCCAAAGGCUCCUUGGUUUAAAUACAGUUAGAUUGCUUUACAGUUAGUUUGUUUGUUUGUUUUUCAUUUUGCGAUUUAAACUGUUUUUAUUUGUAUGUUUUAUUUUUUACCUUUUGGAGUAGGAAGUAUUGUGGACAACAAAUUUCUCUUUAUAUUGAAAAUUAUUUAAUAAACAAAAAC